AUGCCCUCUCGCCGCCGCCAGCCGCCCGUGGCGAGCGUCUGGGACAUCGACGUGGCGCGUGCGGCCUUUGAAGCCUCCGGUCUCAAGCCCAUCCACAUCCGGCCGCUGCUCGGCUGGCUGCUCCGCCACCCAGAGGUGCAGAGCUGGGAGGACGUCGGCGCGCGCUGGGAGUCGGAGGCGCUGCUGCGCAACGUGCCGCUGGCGGCCAGGAAGCUGCUCUGCGCGCGCUUCGCCGUCUCGUCCUCCCGCGUCGAGGCGAGAGAGGACUCGUCCUACGGCGCCACCACCAAGCUGGCAGUCGAGCUGUCUGACGGCCUCCGCGUCUAUACAAUUAGUAUGAGGCACGGCGGUCAGAACUCCGCUUGCGUCUCGUGGCAGAUCAGCUACUCCACUCCUCACGGCUAG